AUGGCCGAGCCGUCAGCCGCCGACAAUGGCGGCAUCGUGGGCCGCGUCCGGGGCGCGUCCAUCUCCUUCAUGAACGCGAACCCCCAAUUGGGCAUGUGGCAGGCCGCCGGCACAGCAAUUGCCCAGGCGCCGACCCUCACUGAGCUCCGCGACCCCGAUUCCGGCGGCGACAACAUCGCCUUCACGGCCCAAGGCCACUCGGCGCGCUACGCCUUCCAGGAACCCCACGGCGACCUGGCGCUCAUCAGGUCCAACACGGGCCGGCGCGCGUCGACGUUUUCCAUCAAUGGUCAAUCCGGCAGUGGGGGCCGCAAUGCAUUUAAUGACAAGGCGGAGAAUAUCAGGGAAGCGGACGAACCCGCCGUGCUGGCCGAGACUUCGGACGAAGCACGGCCGGCUACGCACGAGGAGGGCACGAACGAGGAGAACCCGCCACCCAGCGAGGCUCGACCGUCACCCUUCCAGCGACGACAGAGCCUGUAUCAGAAGCAUGCAGCAGAGGAGAAGGCGCCGUGGAAGACGACGAUUGCAAACGGUUUGAAGGCUUUUUGGAAGUUCUUCCUCACGCCCUCGGGGUUCGUCAUCACCAUCUAUUGCUUGAACAUUGUCGCCUGGGGAGCCAUGCUCUUCUUCCUGCUCCUCAAAGCCGCACCGGCGAUGAAUCACCCCUCCGCCGACGACGACAACUCGCCGCGCAAAAAGUGGCUCGAAAUCUCCAGCCAGAUCCUCAACGCGCUCUUCUGCGUGACGGGCUUCGGCCUCGCGCCCUGGCGCUUCCGCGACCUGUACUGGUACAUCCGGGCCGUCAACUUCAAGAACCAGGCGGCCAUGCUCAAGCUCGCGGCGCAGAACAAGAGCUGGUUCCGCCCGCCCGCGUGGGCCGUCCAGGGCGAGAAGGCGCCAGAGACCUUCACCGGCCAGGUCGCGCCGCCGACGCCGCUCUGGAAGCUCGGCUUCACCAUCUGGAUGAUGGUUUGGAACACCUUCCUGCAGGCUGUGCUGUGUUAUUUCAUGUGGGGAUACAACCGACUUGAUCGACCUUCCUGGGCCACUGGCACUUUCAUCGGCUUGGGAUGCGGUGUCGCUAUGCUCGCAGGUCUCAUGUCAUGGUGGGAAGGCCGAAAGGUCAAGACGAUUGAGGGCCCAGAAGUCAAGGUUGUUGAAGAGGUGUAA